AUGAGCUCGGCGGGCGGCGGGAGCAGCGCACAGCAGCAGUCCCGCCGCAACAUCAUGCAGGCUUUCUGGGUUUUGUUGGUGGCCGCCUUGUGCGUCUCCGUCAGCCGGACCAGCGCCCAAUGCGACUGCCGGCCACGAGCCUUCUGCACUGGAGCGUACCGACAAAGGAAUGUACAGCAGUGCUGGCUGCAAGACCGAACCCUGGGUGUUUGUUGCGGCCAGUCAUCCUCUUUUACUUUCACUGGCAGAAGCUCCACCACCAAGCAAAGGCCUAUCACCUUCCCUGCUGUCAGUCAGGGGGCCUUGCCACCUGGCGGCAGACUGUAUGGGGCCCCGCCACGCGGCGGCGGAAGGCCGCGUCCAGUCAGCCAAGUUCAGUGUAUUCCGUUGGUGCUAUGCCCGCCAACGGCAGUCUCGCCCUCCAACCUGCUGCGAAACGGCUGCCGGCUACGCGACGGCUCUCCCGGCACCGUCUGUACAUUCGCUGGGCCGCAGCUAGCGACCAGUGGGCUCCAGAGACAGCAGGUUUCUGGCGGGGACCUACUUCAGCAGCGGCAGAUGGGGACCGAUGGCGCGCGCUCUGCACUGGACCAGAUUCGACCGAUGCCGUCCAGCACGACCAGCUCCGCUGACAGUGCGUUCGUAGCUGAUGGGCUGUCGCAGGGAGCACUGUUCCAGGCGGGGCAGGCUGGCCUCCAGGCGGUCAACAGCCUCACCUCCACCACUUCUCAACUGCUUAACACCGGCCAGGCGCCCAACGUAAACAGCCCGACGGCGCUGUUCUUCCUAAACGCUCAGUCUAGCGAUCUGGAGCAGAACCUGGGACUGCAGGGGCUUCAGUCGCUCACGUCGUUGAGCAACCUGCAGAGCCAGCUCGGGGGCCGCAUCGAGCCAGUGCAGGGGUUAGGCGCCCAGUCCGCCGGUACUAGUAGCGUUGGUAGCAGCGGUGGUGGCGGCCAAUCGCCGUUGCAAGUGCCAAACUGCACCCCCGAAGGACCCGUCAGGUGCGACAACAGUAUUUACCGCACCCUAACCGGCGAGUGCAACAAUCUGCAGCGGCCGCGGCUCGGUCGAGCACUGACCGGUCUCAAGCGACUUCUCCCCAACACGUACGACGACGGUCUGUUCGCCAUGCGAACGGGAGCAGUCCGCGGCGGCACACUGCCCAGUGCGCGGCUGGUGAGCGAGCGCGUGCUGGAUACGUUGUCCAACGAGCUUAAUGAUUUCACACUGUCGCUGAUGCAGUUCAGCCAGUUCGUCGACCACGAUCUGUCGCACGCAUUGGUGUUCCGUCUUAAUUCUGGCAACGGCAUCGAGUGCUGCGAGAACGACGGUCAGACAUUCCCGACGGUGCCCCGGCACCCCCAGUGCAUCCCCAUCCCCAUUCCGGCCGAUGACCCGUUCUACAGCCAGUUCGGCCAACGCUGCAUGAGUCUGGUGAGAUCCCUGCCGGCGCCGCUGCCAGACUGCAUCUCGAGGCCAGGCCAACCGCUCAACGAACUCAGCUCCUUCCUGGACGCGUCCAACAUAUACGGCAGCCAAGUGGAGGAGCUGAAUGCGAUACGCGCCUUCCAGGACGGCUUGAUGCUUACCAGUCCGGGUGAGCUGCUGCCAUUGACGGGUGCAGAUGUCUCGGACAGACCGUGUCGUGCUUCCAUCUGCUUCCGAGCUGGCGAAACGCGCGUGAACGAGCAGAGUGGUCUGGCCGUCAUGCACACGGUGUUCGUGCGCGAGCACAACCGGAUCGCACGCGGGCUCAAGAACGUCCACCCCUUCUGGGACGACGAGCGCCUGUUCCAGAACGCCAGACGAAUUGUGGCGGCCGAAUGGCAGCACAUCCUCUACAACGAAUGGCUGCCGAUUGUCGUCGGCUUCGAGUAUGCCGAUGCGCACGGUCUUCUGCCUCUGCAGUCCGGAUUCUCCAACUAUUAUGACCCGAACAUAGAUCCCAGCAUCUCUAACUCGUUCGCUUCUGCUGCUUUCCGAUUCGGUCACAACAUGGUGCGAGACAUGUAUGACCUGAUAGACGCCAACGGUCAGGUGUUCCAGGUGGUCAACGUCUCCACGACCUUUUUUGAGCCGACUGUGGUGGCACAGAGCUUGGUGGGACAUGCCCGCACCCUAGUCGCCCGUCGUUCGGAAACUUCCGAUACAAACAUGGCACCUGCCAUUCACGAAAUGCUCUUCACUACCAAUUUCCUGUUUGGUUUAGACCUUCUCUCCCUGAACAUUCAGCGAGGUCGAGAUCACGGAACUCCGACGUACGCUCAGGUGCUAGAUGCUUGUGGUAUUGCGAGGGUACAGUUCUGGGGCGACCUCAACCGUGUGAUGGACUCUCAGGUCAUUGACCGGCUGCGGUCUGUUUACGAUGAUCCACGAGACGUGGACCUUUUCAUCGGUGGGGCGAUAGAGCGGCGAGCCCCUGGCGCCCAGGUGGGACCCACCUUCCAGUGCCUGGUCGGGCAGCAGUUCUUCGACCUACGGUUUGGAGACCGUUUCUUCUACGACAACGGCGGCUUUGCGCACAGUUUCACACCCGCACAGCUGGCGGAGAUCAGGAAGAGUAGCUGGGCGCGAAUUAUGUGUGACAAACCCUCGGUCCUCAAUUUGGAAAUGACUUCACCAGGGUUCAGCCAUUAG